UAUGAGUGCAAACAGUGUAAGAAGUCCUUUAGUCAGAAAGCCACUCUCAUUAUACAUCAGAGAGUUCACACUGGAGAGAGGCCAUAUAAGUGUGGAGAAUGUGGAAAAUCCUUCAGCCAAAGCUCAAACCUUAUCGAACACUGACGAAUUCAUACUGGAGAAAAGCCUUAUGAGUGUGGGGAGUGUGGGAAAUCCUUUAGCCAAAGAGCUACCCUCAUUAGACACCAGAGAAUUCACACUGGAGAAAGGCCUUAUGAGUGUAGGGAAUGUGGUAAGUUCUUUAGGCAAAACUUCAGCCUCAUCGAACACGGUAGAAUUCACACUACAACAAAAAUUUAUGAGUGUGGCCAGUGUGGGAAAUCUUUUAGUCAAAGAGCUACCUUUAUUAGACAUCAGCAAGUUCCCACUGGAGAAAGGCCUUAUGAAUGUGAGGAAUGUGGGAAAACCUUUGGGUACAAAUCCAAACUUGAUCGACAUCAGAGAACUCACACUGAGGAAAGGCCCUAUGAGUGUGCUGAGUGUGGGAAAUUCUUCAGGCAAAGCUACAAUCUUGUUGAACACCAGAGAAUACAUACCAGAGCUAGGCCUUAUGAGUGUGGCCAGUGUGGAAAGUCCUUUAGCCGCAGGGCUGCCUUUAUUAAACAUCAGAGAGUUCACACUGGGCAAAGGCCUUAUACAUGUGGUGAAUGUGGGAAAUUCUUCAGUCGAAGUACCAGCCUUAUUCAACAUUGCAGAAUUCACACUGGGGAAAGGCCAUAUGAGUGUGACCAGUGUGGAAAAUCAUUUAGGCAAAAGUCUGUCCUCAUUCAACACCAAAUAGUCCACACUGGAGAAAGGCCUUAUGAAUGCACCAAAUGUGGUCAAUCUUUUAGCCAGGGCUCAAGUUUCUUUCAACACCAAAAAGUUCACAUCAGUGAAGAGCCUUUUAACUGUAGUGAACGUGGGAAACCCUUUAGAUGAAAGGCUGAUCUCUUUCAAGACUUUCGUGUUCACACUGGAGAAAAGUGUUUCAAGUGCACUGAAUGUGGGAAGCCUUUCAGGCUUACCUCCCUUGUUGUGCAUCAGAGAGUUCACACCAGAGAAAGGCCUUUGAAGUUCAGUGAAUGUGGGAAAGUGUUUACCCAGAAAGCCCAUCUCAUUCAACACCUUUGGGAUCACUCUGGCGAAAAGUGUUUCACAUGCAGCAAAUGCAGAAAGGCCUUCAGAUGUAACCACUCCCUUGUUGAGCACCAGAGAGUUCACACUGGAGAAAGGCCUUUUAAAUGCAGGGAUUGGGGGAAUUGUGUAGGUACUGAGCCAGCCUUACAGCUCAUUAUAAAAUUCACAAUGGAGAAAAGCCCUACAAGUGUAACAAACGUGGGAAAUUUUUAG